GGCGCAUAUUAAGCAUACUAUGAGCGAGUUGCAGUCAUAUCCUUGUAAAAUCCACUGUGGCAUAUGUCCGCCAGUAAUGAGCCUUUGCUGACAACUGCAUUGGGUCGUAAGGACGAUGUUGAUCUGGUUAUUGCUGGCGUUUGCGUUUAUUGUUGCUGCGAAGAUAUCUACCAAACGAAGUUUUGUGUUACCGUGGAGUUUUGAUGUGAGUAAUGCGGAAGCAGCAAUUAAUCCUUCGCGUUCAUCACGUUGCGUAGCACGUGAUGCUGCCUACUGACCAUACCGAAUGUGUCAAGCGCGAUUUGGAAAAUGGAUCAACACACGCUCCUCGACAUCUUCCAUCCCUUUCUUGGCCCACCUCGCAUCACGCAUCUCAGCGCUUACGCCUUACCAAUGAAUGCUUUCUUUUCAAGCGAUAAUCUGGGGCUUGAUCUUCUUCCUGCUGAAGUCCUUCAUCGCGUCGCUUCUUUCCUGCCGUUUUCCUCAAUCUUAGCUCUCUGUUUUGUGAAUCGCCGGCUCUACACAGUGUGCUACGAUAGGGUCGUGUUCAAGCAUAGCGCCAUUCAUGCUCUUCAUGAGGAUCGAUAUACCAGUCUCGUCGAGCUACAGAAAUGCGACUGUCAGGGAUGCGUUUGGCGACAAAUUGAAGCUUUAGACCAGGAAUCCUUAUGUUCCAGGACAACUACGGAAGUAGGUAGCGAGGACGAAUGGUACCCAGAGCCAGAAGAGGAGCUGGAACAAGAAGACGAGUGGGAUUUUGAUGACUGGGGUCCUGAUAUCAUUCAACUCAGAGCCAGGCCGUCUCAAGAGUGGUUGAAGAGUUGGCCGAGAUCUGAUGUCUUCAAUCACCUUUCAGCAUCCGAUAGUUCCCGCAUUGCAUGUGCGGUAGAGCGAGCACAGCAAUGUUUCAAUGUCAGUCUUACACAUCAGUCAAGGGAUUUGUCGCAACAUUGGACUAGGGGACGUUGGAUCGAAUGGCUUCCACACCUAAUUGCGCUCGGUCAUAGUUCCAGCCUUGAGCUAAAGCCAUGGACACUCCAACGCUUGCUUUUCGCCCCGGACACAUCAUGGGGCGAUGGCGAUCAAGCAAAGAAAAACCCGUGCUCCUCGGAAUAUAUAGCUGCUGGAUUUUGUAUGCUCACGUCAAUGCUGAUGUGGGUGGAAACCAAACAUAGUAUAUCGGAUGAUUCUACGCGUGAGCAAGAGAAUAUUGGUGAGCAGUUCUGCUUGCCGGAGCCGAAUGAUUACUACGUGUGGGAUCAAAUGGAAUGGCUGCUCGAGGAGGCGUGGGAGAUCCGGGACUUUGACCUUGACGAUCGGUACUCCGUCGUUCUACGGCUGAUGUUUCAGAUUUGGUUUUACCAUCGCUCACAUCAUACCCCUUUUCCGUCGGUACAUCUCCUCCCUUUUGCUGCUGUUGUAGGUUCUCCAAUUCCGUUCCGGACGCCCGAUAAUUUCCUGACCAGGCACUGCAUCCCAAGAGCACAACUUGAUGCUUAUCUGUCAGGGGAAUGGCUAGGAUGGUGUAGCAGUUUCGGCGGGCCCGAUUUUCCCAAGAUACAGCCACGUUUGCAAGGUAUCCAUUUUGUUAUUAGCGAGUCGCAUCCUCCAUAUGCAGCAGACAUCGUUGCUUUGAUCUCCAGUUCCAGUGGGAAAGACAGAUGGGGAUCGUUCAUCUUAGAGGGCACAGUGUCGAUAGACGGCGAGGUGUGGUUCAGACAGCGAUAUGCGGAAUCUUUGCGUGGAGAUAUCUACUCGCGUCCUGCAGCAAUCUGGAGAUACAGAGGAGUUAUAACGCCGUUUGGAAUUGCCGGACCUCAUGAACAGGAUAACAGUCAUCGAUUUGCUAGCGGCCGAUCAGCACGAAGUCGGGAUGGUUUUUUCUGGCUUUGGAAAAAAGAUUGGACCCACGAUUGGCCAUCUGCUGUACCUAAGGGAUAGCAACAGAUGCCUGUGCAUAGCACAUAUAGACAUGGUAUCCAUCAAGCGCGCUUGCAGUUCAUUGCAUCUGGACGUUCCCUUGAACAAGCAACACUGGAGAGCUCAUUCUAUUCUGGUCCUUCCAUACAAUUUGUCACCUUCCCAUGACUUUGCUCGAUGAACUGGGAGAAGCAGAC